CGCUACAAGGGAACAAGGGCUUGUGUGGCAAUGUCACAGGAUUAAUGCCUUGCGAAGAAAAUGUCUUGCGAAAGGGCCACAAGAACAACAAGAUCCCUUUUGUUAUUGUCUUCCCUCUUUUAGGUGCAGCCAUUUUGUCAUUAGCAGUUCUUGGGAUCAUCUUCAGCUUCAAAAGAAAGGUGAGAUACUCACAUUUCUCAGCAACCGUAUCUUCAAACACAUGUUCGUCUAGAGGAUGUGUUGGAUCAGAGGUUUCCACGUCCAUCGCCAGGAGUCCAAGACAAGCUGAGGUUGAUCAUGGAGGUGGCAUGUUCAUGCUUAAAUGCCAAUCCCGAAUCUCGACCAACCAUGCACUCGGUCUCCCAGAUGUUUUCCACUUGAGACUAUUCCUUCCACAACUUCAAGAUCUUCAUCAUUACGUGUGCUGAGUUUAUUUUCCUUUUAGUUUUUGCAAAAUAGACAACUGAAAUCCUUGGCCCUUGCUUUUGGCCCUUGCUUUUUGUGUAUAAGAUUCUUGUUACUUGUUUGCUAGUUUUAGCCUCACUUUCGGUGAUGAAUGAUGAUUUUUUUUUUGUUUGAUGAGAUAAUAAAUGAAAUGCUUUUUU